AUGACCAACCAGCGGCGCGAUUCGGUGCGCAUCGCCAUGUACACCAUGGCCAAUAUUGUGGUACUCCUGAGUCCUGAGCCCCUACUUCCACCGGCUCCUUGUCGCGAUGCCCCCGCCAACGACUGCCUCUCUGUACGCAACGGCGUCCUGCCCGUCGUCGGCGACGCAGAUGAAGCAUCACGAGGCCGCGCUCCGAGUUGCUCGGCUCAGCGAGCCCCUCGUAGGCAUCCCGAACAUCCGGCGUACGACGUGCAGGACCAGGUGGUAAAGAGGGUGCAUGAUGCCAUUGACGACAUGGACGCGGCUUAUCUCUUGACGUUGAGCAAUCAACGGUGGGCGACGUGCCGGCGGGACACUGUGGCUAUAUUGGCGAUGACGACGGCCGGGCUGAUGGUGGUGCUGUUGCUCUAUCGAGUCGAUCCGAGUGCCUCGGGCCUGGUUCCCUUCUGCUGCUUGGCCAUCACCCAGAUGAUGCAGCUAGCCGUUCGCCAGCUGCCUGAGGUCGAUAACGCCAUGGUGUCGACCGAACGACGGCAUGAAUACGGGACUGAGCUGCCCCGAGAAUCGACACCGGGAGCCCCGGCCGUCUCCGAUUCUUGGCCGGACAGGGGCGACAUCGGCAUGGCCAACGUGCAACUACGUUACCGUCUCGACCUCCUCCUCGUGCUAGACAGCCUCGACGUGAGCAUCCGCGGUGGCGAGAAGAUUGGCGUCGUCGUCGGAAGCAGGGCGGGCAAGUCGUCGAUAUCCACGGCUCUCUUCCGGCUCGUCGAGCUCUUAGCAGGCACCAUCACCAUCGACGGCCUCGACAUCGCCCACGUCCCGCUCCACGAGUUGCGAUCACGCAUCUCCAUCAUCCCACAAGAUCCCGGCCUUCUCCGCAGGAGCAUUUGGUCCAACCUUGACCCCUUGGGCCAACAUUCAGACCUGGGGCUUUGGGACGCGUUACACAGGGCUGGUCCUGACGACGGUUUCCAUCUCGACGCCCACGUUGAGAAGAGCCCGGCGCCAACUUCUCGCCGGGCCAACGGCAGCUCGUGA